AUGCAACAUUGGCUCACUGUUUUUACAGAGAAGAAGGUUGAAGUAUGGCACUCAAAGCUACGCAGUAAGAUCUCUCCUUCAGAUCCACCAACUGUUAUAACCCAAAGAGCAAAGGUAAUCAGUGGUGUCCAACGCCACUUUGUUCCAGAGUAUCAAAGAGGAAGAUCAUACAUUCCUGGCCGGAAAAUCAGCAGAAUUUCUGAUCCAAAGAUUUCAAUGCAUUGCAAGUAACUUUAACAAGAUCAAGCAGGUAAGCUUAUAAAUUACCAAAAUUGUCAAUGUUAACAACUUAACAUUCUCCAGUUUUUCAGUUGUUGAACAUCAAUUUUAUCUGAAAUUUUAGAUUCCUCACAAAGUCACCUCAAAAGGAAAAUUGAAAGGCAAACCAAAGUUUCAGCUACCAUCAUUUUGCAAUGUGACCAUUGGCUUACCUGUGUCAUACGCACAUGACAAGUAUAACCAGAACAUUCAGCCAGAUCAACACACUGUCUGCGACUUCUCCACAUGUGAUAAAGAAAGUUUUAACAAUGCUGUACGACUUGAGUGCUUUCACACUUGCCAUGAGACUUGCUUAAGAGAUAAUGAAAACCAAUGCCAAUUGUGCAAAGUGCCUCUAGCAAUGAAAGCUAAAGAAUUGACAGACAGUUUCGAUAGCAGUUUACUUGAUCCUGAAUCUGUUGUUCCACCAUCUACAAUUAACAAUGAUAAUCAGCCUGAUGAUGAAGAAGAUGAAACUAUCACUGUACCAAGCAACAAGGACUAUAACUAUUACCAGUCAACUGAGUGGAAGGAGUUUGUGGAAACAGAAUUGUUGGACAUCAACAUUACACAACCACAGAUCCCUCAUAAACCCUGCCAGCAACCAACAGAAUUCACCCCAUUGAAGCAGAGGCGAUGUACAUUUUGCAAGGAACCUGGACACAAUAGGAGUAAAUGUCGACUUCUUAAAUUUGAUAGGUCAAGACUGGCAUCUCAACGACCCACACAGUCACAGGGCAAAAGACCAAUCCCAAGUGGUACGAGUGCAUCUGUUCCACAAAUAGGUGGGCUUAGAAUCAACCCUACAGCAAUGGGUAGUUUUACAAUUUUGAACCUUCCCUUUUGUGUUUCGCAAAGCACUAUCAAUGGACAAAUGGGAAGCAAUGCAUGUACCCUGAUUUCACUGCUACUAGCUAAGGCCUAUCUCAUGAAUGAAGCUGCACUACAACUUGAUAAAGAUCAACUCUUAUCAGAACAAUGGAAUACUGUUAACUUAUAG